AUGAUCUAUUCAUCUAUCUAUCUGUCUAUCUAUCUAUCUAUGACUGAUCUAUCUAUCCAUCUCUCUCUGAUCUCUCUCUCUCUCUCUCUAUCUAUAUAUGUGAGGGCAAUAACUCCUAAUUAUAAUAUUACUUUUACCAUAAUGGGACAAGGAAUUGGGGGCAGAGAUUUCUCUCCUCCCACUUCUAAACAAGCAGAAAAUCAAUGGAAGAAGAGACGUCAUUGUCGGAUCGAUAUUGAACCGAAAGGUUACCAAAUCGAAUCCGAUAACAACGGAGUGAUAGCAGUGGUAGCAGUGGUAGCUAUCGUGCGUUUCUCUCUCUCUCUGUCUCUCUCUCUCUCUGUCUCUCACUCACUCACUCUUUAUGUAUGUAUCUAUCUAUCUAUAUGUUCUUGUUUAAAUCAAUAUAUCUAUCUCGGUUUGUUCAUAUAUAUCUAUAUCAAUUUGUUCAUCUCUUACUAUCUUUCCUUUGCCUCUCUUUUGUCUCUCUCUCUCUCUCUCUGA